AUGGACGCAAUAGCUGUCACCACAUCAGUGGAUUGCCAGAAACAAGUUCGAUCAUGGAGUCUGUUACGUUCUCUCAUGCACCUAAUAAUCCCCACAUGCACCACUUGCAUCAUAGAGGAUAAAGAAGAAGAAGAAGAAGAAGAAACAGCACAAAAGAAGGAGUGCAUAAAAAACCAGAAGCAUUAUUAUUGUUAUUCCUCACCAUCCAGCACCAUCAUCACUGCCACUAUAUUUGGAUAUAGCAAUAAUAAGGGUAAGGUUAGCUUGUGCAUCGAGAACAACUCGAAUUCAAGAAACCCAAUUCUGCUAUUAGAACUAGCACUUCCAGCAAGCACGUUAGCGAAGGAGAUGAGAAGGGGAAGGCUCAGAAUCUUGCUAGAGAGCAAGGUGUCAUCGUCGUCAUCAUCACUAUUUUCGACGCCUUUGUGGAGAAUGUAUUGUAAUGGAAAGAAGGUAGGGUAUGCUGUGAAACGCAAGCCUUCGGAAACCGAUCUUCAAGCACUGCACAUGAUGGGUUCGGUUGGUGUAGGCACUGGUGUGUUGACAAUCAAGGAGUUGAUGAAUAAAGAAGAAGAAGAAGAAGCCAAAGUGACUUACCUUAAAGGUGAAUUUAGAAGGGUGCGUGGAUCAAGGGACUGCGAAUCUUUCCAUUUAAUUGAUCCAGAAGGAGAUGUGGAUCAGGAGCUGAGUAUUUUCUUUUUCAGGUCAAGGUGA